UUCUACCCUUUAAGCAAAAAUUUUACCUGACAAUGCAACAUGUAAGAUGCUUUCAUAUAUGAUGAGUAGUUUGGAUAUUAAUAAUAUUAGAUUCAUAGUUUAGAGUUUUUUAUUUUACUUAUAUAAUUUAUAUAGCCUUAAUACUUAUUUAAUAAACAUAUAUAAACUCUUUCCCGUACUGUUCACAUCCAUUUUUCACACAAGAAUAUUACGCUUUCUUGUUAAAUUACUAGAAAAAUAGCACUUCAGUAUUAAGACAAAAGUAUUCUUUGGUUUAAACAACACACUUUUCAUUAUCACUCUUUUUGGUUCGAACAAGUUCACAAGGGCUUAAUAGUCCUUUAAAAGACAUAAAAGUUUCAUUUUCUUGCGAAAUUUUUUCAAAAGAAGGCGUAAAUACGGUGCACCAAUCAGAUUAAAGAUGCUGAAUAAAGAAAUUUUUAUUGGCUAUACUUUUUUCCAUCCAGAAAAAGUGCAACGGUACACGGGGGCUGAUACGAUAUAUUCCACUAGAAAAGGAAAAUCCUAUAUCCUUUUGCAUGUGGAUUCAUUACAGAAAGAGAAAGAUAUAUUGACGAUUGUUACCAACAAUAGACAUAUAAUAAAGAAAUAUGAUAAGCCUUUUUUAAUUAAUUCAGAUCGGCCUAUGAUGAAUACUAAAUACAGGAUUUCAAAAUACUUAACGAGUGUAUUUUGUGAGUUACCUAUUGACAUAGAAACUAGAAACAAGUAUUUUUUAAGAAUACGCCAAUUAUUAUUGGAUAAACUUGUAGUUAUUGAAAAUAGAUUGAAGAAACAGGAAAAGAACAGACAAACUACAACUUAUAUUAAAUUUAGUCAUAGUAGACGAACAUGGUAUUUGGGGUUCUACAUCCCAUGCUCAUUUUGUAGUGACGUCUGUGCUUACGUAAUGUCAAGAAAUAGAAAAGUUUGUCAAAAUUGUCGUUCGAAGAUGAUAAUAACUCCUACACCUCUGCCGCAAAAUGUGUUUAAGGAUUUUAGUAAAGUUAAACAAGUAAUAAGUAAACGUGUUGGCGUGUCUUAUACAAAAAAAGUUUUGAUGGAUGGUGGAGCACGUAAAUAUGCAGUUACGUAUUCAAAUUUGCAGAUAAACAAGCAAUUUAAGACGUCGAAAGAACAAGAAAGGUAUAAAAAAGGUUUAAAAACAGCCUCAAGAGUAAUAAAAAUAAAUGGCAGGUCACAAAUAAUGGAAUUGGAUCAAAGGUACUUAUUUCCAAACAUAAGUUGAAACGUAGACAUGAUAUCCUUAAGAAACAAUACAUAUCAGAAAAAGAAAUGGAGUUUCUGGUAGAUCAAGUUACAAGUGA